AUGAGCCACCCACAGCAGCAGCAGCGGGUGGCGGAGGCCGCGGUGAGGAAUGACCAGGGAGAGCAGCAGUUGACGGGUGUAAAGCCCGGGGAGAAGCAAGCUUCGAGGCAAGCGGAGGGCACCGAGGCAUCUUCCUCAGAGAGCAACUGCAGCAGUGAAAGCUCUGAGGAAAUCGUUCCUUUUAAUAGUGAAGAAGAGGCCGUAGCAAUGCGUGCUGUUGGGCUAGAACUGUUCAACAAGCACAACUAUGAGGAGGCCCUUGACGUUCAGUACCGUAUUGUACGCUAUUUUGAGAACAAAUACGGUGCGACAUACCCCGAAUGUGGCAUAUACUUCCUUGACUACGGCCUCUCGCAGCUGCGCAUGAUACAGUCCGCCAGCAGUAUGGAGGCAGCUCUUGACCCCCUUGAUCACGACGCCCUCGAGGCGUGUUUUACAAACCUCGAUGUGGCUCGUGUAUGUUUUCAAAAACAGGAGCGGAGCCGCGGUGAGAAUGAUGUUGAGGUUCAGCUGCGUCUGGCCGAGGUCCACAACGCGAUUGCACAGGUUCAGGUUGAACGUGAAGCAUAUGAAGAGGCUCUCAAGGAAUAUGAAAGUGAACUGUUCAUUUACAGGUAUCUUGAGCAGGAGAUCCCUGCGUCUUUACCCUAUGGACGACUUGCCGCAGUACUCUAUGAGAUAGCCGACUGUUAUAUGAAGGAAGGUGACUUUGAAGGUGCGGAGGAGCGGUUCAUCAAGGCGAUCGAAGAAAUCGAGAAAUUUCCCGAAGGCAAAGUUGAUCCAAAACUCGUAGAGCAGAUGCGGGAGCUUCUUGAAGAUGCCCGGGAGAUGAAGGAUGGUCGCUUUAAGGAAAUACAGGAGUUCAUCCAAGAGCAGUUCGCAGUGAAUGAAACGGAGCGGCUGCCCACAGCGCACGAGUUCUAUGGUGACGUGGAUGAACAGCAGCAUCCCUUUGUCUCGCGGCUCCCUAAUGAUGGGGAGUGUUCCGCCCUGUCGAUGCCGCAGUCUAACACGAACCCUGUGCAAUGGAGUGAGCACAGCAACAGUAUGUCACUUUCAUUGUUUCCUUCGCAAGUAAAUGGUCGUUCGUCGGAGGCAUCUAAUAGUCAACCCGUGCAACAUGUAGUCGCAAGAAGGAAGCCUAAACCUCUACAGAAGCAGAAGGCGCUGGAAGUAGAGAGCAGCGGUAACGUCAGUACGGGCUCCGAUAUGAAGCGCUUCAGGGCGGAAUCAUGA